AUGCCACAUCCAGGAAGACCAAAAGGUCGUAUGAAUAAAAAAACACAGCAAGCAUUAGCUCAAUCUCAUGCUGAAACCAUGGCAAGACAACAACAACUAGCUCAACAACAAUCUCGAAUAGGGACAGGGAUAAAUACAGCAAUAGCGUAUCAACAACAACAAAAUAUACUCCCGCAUCUACGUCCUCAACAUCAACAAUUUCAACAUCAACAAGCAGCACAACAAGCUCACGCUCAACAUAUUUUACAACAACAAGCAGCGGCUCAACAAGCAGCUCAAGCACAAGCACAAGUAGCUCAACAUCAUCAUCAUCAACAACAACAACUACAACAAAAUUCGUUAAAAGAAGAAACUGGAGUUCAAUUACACGAUGAAGCUGAUUUAAUAUCAUUUCGAAAUGAUGCAUUAUACAGAUAUACUACAAAUCAUGAAUAUAUUGAAAAUAUAACUUCAAAAUUAAUACAUACAAAUAAAAUCAUACCACCAAGUUUAUAUCCAAAUAUUUCAAAACGACAAGAAAGUGAAUACGAUGAUUUAAAACCUGAAGAUGUUUAUUUUGGUGAUUUAGGAUUAAUGAAAGAUGUAGAUAUGAGAUUGAAGAAGAAAUUAAGUAUAAUGCAUACUGAAGAUGAUCCAAAUUAUAAAGCUUAUUUAUUUGAUAUUGAUAAUUAUAAAUUUCAAAAAGAUAAAGUACGAAAAUUAAGUGAUAUACAACAAGAGAAUAAUUUAUCUUUGGAGACGGCAAAAAUGUUGGAAGAAGAUUUAAAUGCAAUUUUACAAGAACUGAAGGAGAAGUAUAAGAGAACAUUAAAGACUUAUCCACCAACUAGAAUGUGUACAGUGAGUAUUAAAACGAUAAAUCCAAAUUAUAAAAUAGAUGUAGCACCAAAAGAUUAUGACCCAAGGAAAUUAAACCCAAUGAAUAAUCAAAAUAAUAAUAACAAUCACAAUGGUAAUCAUAUAAAUGGCGGUUUAAGUUCUGAAAUUGAUAAUUUUGCAAAUAAUUUAGAUCCAGCUAAUGUUAAUGAUAUGAAUAGUAUUUUCCAAUUUGAUAAUGAUGAUGAUGAUGAUGAUGAUGAUGAUCAUAUGAAUGGAUUAGAUAAUGAUCAACCACCAUUUGAUUUAAAUUUAGACAAUCUUGAAAGUAAUAAUAAUAAUAAUGGAAAUGGAAUAUCGCAAGGUGAAUAUGUUAAAACUAAUGCAUAUGAUACAAGUGGAUCUAAUACAGAAAUAACAGGUUCAUUAUCUGAUAAUUUGAUAAAUAAGGAAAAUCCCGAAAAGAAUAAUCAUCAAUUACAAACUACAAAUCAACAACAACGUCCAGAAAAUAACAAUGCUGAUCUUAAGGAUAAUGAUUCUGCAGUAAGAGCAGUCGCUGAAGAAGAAGCAAAACGAGAUACACAAAAACCACCAUCACCUUCACCACCAGCAUCACCACCGACUGAAAAAGAAAUGAAUAAUGAUGGACAAUCACCACGAUCAGAACCACCAAUAGUACAACUGGUAUCUGGGACUAAUCAAACUAAUAGCCACCAACAAUCUCAAAAUUAUCCACAACAAGUUAAUCAAUCACAAGAUGCAGAUCAACAAGAACAAGCAAUUAUGGAUAAUUUAUUCAAUGAUAAUGUUAAUGAAAUGGAUCCACUGGCUAUUGUAAAUGAUGAUAUUGAUGAUUUAUAUAAUUUUGAUGGAAAUGGUGAUGAUAAUUUAAUGAAUCAUACUGAUUUUGAACAAGACUUUCUAAAUCAAAUUAACCAGGGAAUGGAUUAG